AUGAAGACCAUCCGAGCGAUCGCUGCCAUAGCCGAUCAGAUUCGGUGGACCGCAUCACAGAUGAAGCCACAAUUCUGGCCGAAGAAGCAGACUCCGGUUGCGCUACAGUUCUUGGAGUCGAACCUCCUGCAGUUGGAAAUGAUUUGUCACGAGCCACUGAUGGCGAUCCGUGAGAAUAUCCAAGAGAAAUGGUCUGAGGUUCUUGAAGAGGAGUUCCAAGAUGAGAACUGGAUGCUGCCUCGAAAGGUCAGAGGAGUCGAAUCCCCCAUCGCAUCCCCCACCGCACCCCACUCUCGCGCGGAUCCUUCACCGUCAGCCGAAGAUAAAGAGCAGAAGAACAAGGAUGCGGAAGAGUCGUUCUUCAAGAGCGAGGCGUACAGUCUAGAUCGGCAAGAGGCCAUAAUGGAAAACCAGGGUGAGCAUGUCGACUACUUGAAAGCCACUGGAGACGAACAAGCAUUCACCUGGCGUGACGCAAUCAGAUCUACGCUUCGGAUCUAUGAUGCCGCCUAUAUGGAGGUCAGCCGCCACCAUCGAUUCAUCGAGAAGAUCGAGAAGAUCAAGAAGAGCGAGGAGAGCGAGGAGAGCGCCCCUGCAGACUGGGCUUUAGAUACUAUGAAGGACAUGAGCAAGCGGAGAGCUAUCCCGACGCGAUCGAACCAGGAGCUGCUCAUAGAGCUUGCCCUUCCAGUCAUCUUCAAGAGCCCCCCAAACACACAAACCGAAAAGCGAAUGGCAGCCUGGAAGUCAGAGGCGGACGUAAAGAAAGCUCUCGACAUACACCUAGGCCGGUUUGGAGACACCCGUCUCUGGAUCAACGAAUUCACUCAAAAGCUUGACGCUCCCAGCGCCGCUGAACCCGCUAUGUUUUUCAUAUGUCAACACGCAUACGCACCGAAGGCGGGACUGAAGCCGACCACAAAAUGGAUAGUCGGAGGCACCACGCCGCUAAUCGGUUCCAACAAAACAAUGAAGUGGCCCUGGGCACAUGACGUGUACAAAUCCAUCAGGGAGCAAGGGCUCGGAAAAGAUUGGGUUGCAAAAGUGAAAGCAGCCAACGACGCCCAAUUUGACCGCGAGACAGAGCUGCUAAACGACCAUCCUGGAGCAGAAAUCGUAUCUGUUCGACAACAGGUCUUGCUUGAACUGACUAAAGAUGACAACCACAAAGCUCACGUCGCUCAAGUCAGCUGCCGCGGCCUGGCAAUCAGCAAGACGCUCGAACCGACUUUCUGCUGCUACCGUUGUCAGUGUAACUACCAGUACAGUGUACUGAGCGACCACAUGUCAGCGAACAACGAAGCUGCCCUGGAACAUCUGGGCGAAUACAACUGGGGAAGGAGGUGUUCGUGGUACCACCAGUGCGCUGAGGGACUGACAGCAGUUCAAUGCCGUCAGUUUGAUCAGCAACAGAUGGCCAGCUCUACCCAGCAGAAGGGAAAAGCAAAAGGCUUACCACAUAAGCUUUUGAAGAAGAAGAAGAGUACCAUGGCAUUCUAG